UCAUCUCUAACAAUCGCGAGGCGAUUUCAAAAAUGGCCGAAGUUUGUUUAGCAUCUUGAUGUAAAAUUGAAGCAGCAGUAUAUGCAGGAGGAAGAAUAAAGAUACACCAAUGACUGUAUACACUUCCCCUCAGUCCUGCCAGGAAAACAAUGUAAUGGAAAGCCAGUCUAACAGUGUUAGAGUGGUAGUCCGAGUGCGCCCGCAAAAUGAUCUUGAGUGUAAUGGACAUCAUCGAUCUGUUGUUGAGGUAGUGAAUGAAAAUGUCCUUGUGUUUGACCCUAAGGAGGAAGCAUCCUCUUUGUAUGAACAUAAAGGGAAACAUCGAGACAUACAGAAAAGACGAGAGAAAGAUCUUAAAUUUGCUUUUGAUCAUGUGUUUGGUGCUGGCUCCACGAAUGAAGAAGUAUUUGAGCAGACUACUUUUUUAGUCCUGGAUGGUUUGCUGAGUGGAUACAACUGUUCAGUGUUUGCUUAUGGAGCUACUGGUGCUGGAAAAACACACACCAUGCUGGGCAAUCAGUCACAACCAGGGGUUAUUUAUCAUACAAUGAUUCAGCUGUAUCAGCGCAUCAAUGAAAUUUCUGCUGAGAAGACGUGUGAUAUAGCAGUGUCCUACUUAGAGGUUUAUAAUGAGCAGAUUCGAGACCUCUUGCUGCCUCGAGGGACGCUUCCUGUCAGAGAAGAUCGCAAUGCUGGCGUCAUUAUUCCUGGACUUUCUCUGCACAAGCCUCAGAGUGCAGAAGAGCUGCUUCAUAUGCUACAGUUUGGUAACAAGAACCGAACGCAGCACCCUACUGAUGCCAAUGCUGAGUCCUCUCGUUCACAUGCUGUCUUUCAGGUGUUUGUGAGGCAACGAGACAGAACAGCAGGUCUGUCAGCAGAAGUAAAGGUGGCCAAGAUGUGCCUUGUUGACCUUGCAGGUUCAGAAAGAGCAACUGUCACCAAAAACCGGGGUGCACGACUCAGGGAGGGUGCAAACAUCAACCGCUCGCUUCUUGCACUUGGCAAUGUCAUUAAUGCUCUUGCUGACCAGAAGUUCAAAGGUCAUAUUCCUUAUCGAGACAGUAAGCUGACUAGACUUCUGAAAGAUUCUCUUGGUGGCAACUGCCGCACAAUCAUGAUUGCUGCUGUCAGUCCUUCAGGUCAAUCGUAUGAGGACACAUAUAACACUCUGAAGUAUGCUGACAGGGCCAAGAACAUUCGUCUCAGUAUGAAAAGGAACGUUCUAAGUGUGGAUUUCCAUGUAAGCCGAUAUGGACACAUUGUGGAAGAACUGAGGAAAGAGAUCAGAGAGUUGAAAAUCAAACUUCAAGAAAAGGAAGAAAGCAAAAGUAUAAAGUCUACAGUUCUCUACCUACCUUCAGAUCUCCAAGCAUUAAGGGAAAACCUCUCUCAAGCCCAUGCCCAGUGCCGCCAGGUGAGAGAGGAGCAGUUGCAACAGGAAACAAAUGUGAGGGAUGUGCAGUGGCGUCUUCAGCGGAAACGGAAGACCAUGCAGCGUGCAAUGUACCUAUCAGGCCUGCAUCCAGAGGUUCAGCAUAAGGUUCAGGCAGCCAUACAUGGCCUCCAGCAGAAACUUGUAGGACAGGAAGGGAGGCGACAAAUUCUGUCCGCUCAACUGCAGGAGAAAUCCAACCAGCUGCAGAAACUCCAGGCUCAGGCCAGCAGUCUUGCUUCUGUCCACCCAACUGGUUCUCUUCUGUCACAGUAUUUGGCACUGAGCAUGCACAGUCUGGAGCUAGAGGGAGACUUGCAGGAUACUCGGCAGUACAUUCAUCACCUUAGACGCUUGGCACGAGCUCAAGAGCGUGAAGCCCAGGCCAGUGAAUGGCUUAUCUCAGCACUGUUGAAGCUUGUGCAAAUGCAGAAGACACACCUCAUGAAUCAUGGCCCCUUGCCUGAGGACAUAUUGGAUAGCUUCCACAGCUUGAGUCGGUUGAUAGGUGAAAGCAGCGUCUCAUGGGGUGAUGACAACGUACAAGUUGAUGAUGGACAGCCAGCUUUCAAUAUUACUGACAUUAUCAACAUACCUAUGUUGUCUGUUGCUGGUUUGCAGGUGUCUACAGCUCCAGAGCACAGAUGGUCUGAAGUCACAUCAACCAACAUGGGCAGGGAUGGUGUUAAGGACCAAGACUCCAACACCACUGGUGUUAAUUAUGAUGCCUCAUGUAGGAAACAAACUUGCAAAUAUGACACCCAGGCAUUGGCAGAAAGUCCUACUCUGAGGCAAGAGACAGUAUAUGCUGGACACACUCCAGCCCAUAAAAAAGUAAUGGAAAUUAAUCAUUCAAACAAAAUAGAAAAAUGCAAAAAACAUGAACUUGAUUUGUCUGCUUACUCAGAAGGUGAUAAAAGUAAAGAGAAACCAAGGAAUCUGAACGAGACUUUCUCUAUGGAUGACUUACAGAAUUUCUCUGAUGAUGUUGGGAGUAAUGAUGUUCCCUUGAACCGAUCUGCGAUUCUUCCACACCCAUCAGUUCCAGCUCUUUCAGGUGUUAACACGCUGGUGUCCCCUUCUGCUGCAUUGUCACAAACUAAUUUAUCUGCUGAAAUUUUGGGCAAGUUUUUACCUGAUGCAAAUCAUUCAUCUGUGAAAAAUGCUACUGCCAGAAUCAGUAAUGUAUCUGUUGUUGACUCUAAUGGUGACAAGGCAUUAUACACAUCCACUGUUGCUGGAGCUGCAGAGACCAAAAGACACUCUUCACAUGAAGCUGCAGACCAAGUCCAAGAAGACAAAGAAAAUCAGUUUGUGCUUGGACAUCCAUGCAGCCAUGCUGCUCGUGCAAUUAAGUUUGAUGAUGCUUUUGCUUCGCCUGUCAGAGCGGAAAUGAAAUCCUAUGCUGACGCAGUAAAGACGCCGUCACCAGCCCGACUAGUCUUGCAGAAUCUGGAUUAUAACUCACCACAAGUCCUUCAAACCAGACAGUUGUCUGGUCAGAUUUCCAAAACUACACCUAGGGUUCUAUACCCAUCUGAUGCUCAAGUAUAUGACACUGUUCAACAGCUCAAGCAAUUUGGACUACCUUCCCUUGUAGAGAAUCAUGUUACAGCUUCCAAGACAACCUUCAUGUCAAACUGCAAGCCAAGUUACAUGUUAACCACCAAAUCAGUUGCCCAGCGAAACCGUUUGCAACCAAAGACUGUCUCUAAAGAUGAUGCUGUUCAGACAAAACACAUUCUUUCCAAAAAUUUUUCCCACUAUCGAAGCAAGUCUGUUAGCAACUUGACAAGAGCAGGGUGGAAAAUCUAAUUCCAAUCUUCUACUUUGGAUUUUUUUUUUUCAAAUUUUGCUGUAGAAUUGUUGAUGGUGUGAGCGCAUUUUCAAAGAUGUUCUUGCUUGGCUGCUUUUCUUGCUUGUUAGAGCUGAUUUGCAUUCUAGAAAGGGUUUUUUGUGGAACCAUGCUCAAUGUAGCAAGCAAGUUUGUAAGCUGUGAUAUUUGGUGUUUUUUUCAAUGAGGGCAGGUAGUGCUCUGUAAUAUGCAGAAUAAUAGUGUGGUAACAUGUCAAAUGUAACCGAAGAUUUGUUUAUUGUUUUGGACCUUCAUCAGAGGCCAUCUUAUAGAGGAAACAAAGUAGUUUUGUUAUCUCUGAUACCCUUUCUUGAGGGUGCCAUCAAGGUUUUAGCAUUUUUAAAUCUUUCUCAUACGAGAUGUCAGUAAAAAGAUAAGAAUAAUAAAUGUUGCUUAAACCACAAUGUCGAUAGAGUGAAGCCUAAAUUCCUUUAAGAGCUUGUUAUAUUAGAUGGAACAACUGAAUAUUUUGCCGUUGCUGGCACUGGUCCUCAGUACCUCUCACUCACUCCCAUCUAAUACACCCAUUUGACUUCUUCGCUCAUCUUCUGACACCAGGCUUCAAGUCCCACAAAGACACAUUUCUCCUACCAAGUCCCAUCAACUUGGAAUGGAUUACUCAUCAGCCUUUGUCAUUCUGAUUCUCUUGCCUCCUCUAAAUCUAAACUUAAGACACAUCAUUUCUGAACUCCAACUUCACUGCGACCCUGUCCUGACCUUAACCGGGUAUAACGUCUGUAAUUUACUUUGUGUUUGAGUAGUAUAUGUUGUAGACAUGAACUUGUCUGUUAUAUGUGGAUAUAGGUGCAUGAUUUAGUCUGUGUAUGAUUUAUGUAAAGCACUAUGAGCAAAUCAUUGGAAGAUUAUAAAUCCUCAUUAUUAUUAAAUAGGCUAAAAGUUCAAUGGGAUCACCACACUAAAAACUUCAGUGAGAGAUUGAGCAUUGAAAUAUUUUCUUCAAACUUUGAACAGCCUUGGGUAAGUAGGUUUCAAUGCAUCCUGGCACCACAAUCAGAGUGGAGAUCCUCCCCCACUAGCAGAAAAGGGUGAGAAAGAUGUGGCCAGUUUUCAAUCUAUUUAUGACAGCACUUUCUGUCGGGUUUGCCAUGAGGAUGCAAUCAGAAUGUUUAGGAAAGAUAGAAUUAAACAUGUACAAUGGACCCUCAUUAAUUCUGCCAAAGCUGCAAAAUAUAAUUUUUUAAGGAAGGAUUCCACUCAGAAAUAUUUGUCUAAUCCAGAGCCAGUUGCUGAAGGGUCAUCCUAGCUGCUUGGUCAGGGUUUUGCUUGGAGUAUUUCCUAGAAUAUUGGCAUUGCCAAGAACUCAUUUGAAAAUGAUGCUAACAUUGUCUUUUUGUAAUAAAGUAUACAAUCCAAAUAAAGGAUGGUUAAACCAUUGAGAUUGGAGGGCAUAGAACACUGACAAGGAAUCUGGGAUGAUCAGAAAAUUUAUUUCUUGGAAGGUGUGAAUGUGCUAUAAAGCAAGUAGAUCUUCCACUUCUGUGAACAAAAUAAAAGAUGUGACCUUCCAACGUCUAAAGAUGGUGAAGAGGGGUUUACAGAAACUACAGUGUCCUGAAUCUAGUCACUAUCUGUAUAGUCAUCAAAUGUUCUGGCUCUACCCCACUCCCUAGGUCUUGAUGUCUUUGAUGCCAUAAUUUAGUUCAUUUCUCCUGUUCCCAACCUACCACAAAGUUCAACUAUGGGAUGCAACCAAGCUGUACCACAUCAAUAGAUCUAGCACGGUUGCACCAAGGCUACAGAAGAAUUAUAGUUUGAAUAGGAACCAGAUCAACCUGGGCUGUAGCCUUCUACCAGAACUAGGGCAGUGCACAACCAGCCACUGGAUUGGUGUGGGCUACACCAACCUUCUGACUACAAGAAGUACGUGCCAAAGAGAAGCGUAGAUCCCACCAGCAACCGUGGCCUCCAUGAUCCCAUCCUUUCCAACAGUGGUUGCCUUCCAUGGCAAACGGAAAAAGAAGAGCCAAGGGAGUCAAUAGGUUUGGGUUCAUGAAAAUUAGAGGAAAGAACCAAAAUGCAGCUGGUAGAGAAAAAAAAAUAAAAAGUUUUAGGAGAAAGGAAUAAAAGUGAAAAGACCUAUAAUGUAGAAACGAGAACAGUGAGAAGAAAAGGAAAGCACCACUUUGUCAGCCACAUCCCAGGUAGAGGACAGGCGUCCACCCUUGGAAGUAAGAGCUGGGCCCCCAACUAUUUUGAUUAAAAGCUUUUAAUUUUCAAUUAAGAUUGGAAUUUCUGCUGAGCUAACUGAAAAAAAAGCUGAAUUAUAUAAGAACUAAGCAGUAAAAAGUAGGUCUUGUACCUAAAUUAUAUUGUAUGGGAUUGUUGGACAUGCUGCUCUCUCUGCCAGCAAUAGUUUUGUGAAAAACUAUUAAACUUAUCAGUAGGUUGCAUGGAAUCAUGUGUUUUCUGCCAUCUUCCACAAACAAGGCACCUACUUUUGACAGGUCAUAUAAUCCUAGCAACCCUAAAUGACAACUUCAUUUCUUCAGAUGUUUUUCAGUUUAUUUUCUUAAAAAUUUAGUGGCAAACAAAAGACUGCACCAGUUAAAAAAAUUUAAUAGUUCUAACUUUAAAAUAAUGUUUAAAAGCAUUUUGUAAGAAGAAAACUAUGCCAGAAAAGACCAAAACAUGAAAGUGUGACCUGUGAUAUUCAGGUGUGGUAUGUGCUUGUGGCUUGCGUUUUAUACUUAAGAAAGACUGAGCUACAGUUACUUUGUGGAAAGAAAGGAUAUCAUAAGGAUUAGAUCUGGAGCGUACAUCUCUAUUUUUAACACAAGCCUUUUUCUUUUUAGGUAAGCGCUUGACAGCAGUCCAAGGACAAUAUUAAUGUCUCUUUUCUCUAAUUACUUUGAUUAACUUUUUACUCUUUUUUUUUUGUGGAGAUGCUAUUUUAAUAUCAAUUAUUGCAUGUUUUGGCUAUACUAAGACAAUUUUGUUACCCACAGCACCAACAUGUGGCUGUCCUAGUCUUUGUAAGAAGACUACAUGCAAAGACUACAUACACUUUUGUUGAGCCAUUAUUCAUGGCUGUUAAGAGGCAUUGUGUUGCAUUGAGACAUCUAUAUGCUUCUAAAUGUGUGCUUUUAAAAAAUUAUUUCUAUGACAUUCUUCUCGGCUAAAUUUAUGUGUGCUUUGUUGAUAAUGUGAAGAAAGUUGUCAAAUAAUUUGCAUGUCAUUAAAAGUGUUAGUUUUUACUUUAUAUAUCAUUUAUAGGCACUGUCAUUUGUAAUGAAAGGAACUAGGCCAAACAUGUUUCAACUUCAAACCCUUGUUUUUAAUUUAUUGAAGCAUUUUGUGUACUUUCUAUAUUUUUAAUCCUAUAUUUAUAGAAAGUGUGUAAAAGAUGAAGACUUGUGCAAACCAUUGUUAGAUACUAUGAGAUUUAGCAGCAAAUGAAGCAGAAUGUUUAAAUAAAACUUUGAUUCAGAAAGAUUUUGCCCUGAAUGUUAAUUAAGCAGCAUUUUGAUUUUUAACCACAGAAUACUGUCUUCACAAAUGUGAAUCAUCGGAGGCAGUAAAAGAAAAAUGCAGCUGUGUACAGUUUUCACACUUUUAAACAUUUUCAAUAAUUACAUUUGUAAAA